UUGAGCGGAAGUGUGGUGGCAAAGUCCAAAGAGAGAAAGUUAUUAAUUUGUAAAUGGGAAUAGGAAUGGGAAUUAGAGUCUGUGAUUUGAGUCUGGUAUUUAAUUGUUUUAGGUCCGGUUCCGGGAUACGGGGUUACACCUCCCUUGCCCACCUGGUCGCGUCCCUGCGACCAAAUUUUGAUCGUGGGGAUGCUUUCUUGUGGAUUGGAAUUCCUAUUGUUGAGUUGUGAUAUCGCAAGGUGGCCACAUUUGUGUCACACCUGGAGUUAUUAAAUGUUUUGGAGAUUGGGAAGGAUUCCUAAGGCGAGAGGGAUUCCUGGGGCGGGCUCUUAAUUUUAAUGGUCUUGGAUUGAAUGGCAUGGGAUUUUAGAUUGAAUGGCAUGGGAUUUUUUCAAUGUGGGUAGUAAUAUGAAAGGAGAGAUGUGAUAUGUAAAAGAGAUGUGGACAAUCAUAAUAUUUUUAACGUGAU